AUGUUCAAUAAGUUCACAUCUUUGCUGCAGAAUGCAGUAGACUCGUUUGUUCCUAAUUUAACUCUACAAGAAGAAUUUAUCCACCAUUGGAAUGCUGUCACACAUUAUUUUGUUGACAAUAAAGAAGAAAGACGAAGAAUAGAUGAGACGACUAUACCUGGUCAUAUAGAACAGAUGGUAUUAAUUCUGGUACAGGAAGAGAGAGAGCAGCUAGAACCCGGAACCACAGGACCUUGUCUAGAAUAUCUCCUUCAUCACAAAUUACUAGAUACUCUUUAUACUCUCGGCAGAACAGACCACCCUCCUGGUAUGAAACAAGUUAUUCUGGUAUUUUUUACCAAGUUAUUAUCGAGAAUAGAACAUCCAUUACUACCCCAUAUCAAUGUACAUAGAGCUGUUCAGAGAUUAGUAAAGACUUGUGGUGAGGUAAGAGCUGGCCCAACAGAAAAAGAAGAAAUAGAAUAUUUAUGUACAGUUUGCUCUAAAAUUAAAGCUGAUCCUCAUCUUGUAAAUUUCUUUAUUGAGGUAGGAACAUUUUAUAUUUUAGUUUUUUUUUCUAUUAUUUAUAUGUCUCACUGCAGACUUACAUGGAAUAAGAGAUGUAAAACUUCUUUUCAUAUUUCUUAUUUGCUGGAAUAUUUAAUUUAUUUGAUUGUUUUAUUUCAGCCAACCAAGUCUUCCAAGAAAUCCAGUCAGUCUAAACAAUCCAAUACGGGUCAGAAAACAUUAGAUUUUAGUUUAAUAAAAGCCUUGUUAAUUCUGUCUUCCAGUAAUGAUGCUAGAGUCUGUGUUAAGGCGUGUGAAGGUAUAAUGUUAUGUGCCAGUUUAUCUGAACAGUCCUCCGCCGACUGUAUCGUCCGUCAGACCUCCUUCUGUGAUGUAUUAAUAGAUAGAUUGUGUGGGUUGUAUGAUAAGCUACCACCAGUCGUCAGCCCCAGUGAUGUCGAGUCUGUUGAUGCUAAAUGGGGGUUAGAUGCUGUAGUAACAGUUAAAGAAGAUCAACAGACGUUUCAAGGGAAGUGGCAGUUAACCUCGUUCCUAGCGUGGUUAGAUUAUUGUGAUCAGUUGAUCGGUAUCUCUCACCCGACCAUCGCCGCUGCCCUCGCUACAACUAUUACUGAUAAAUUAUUAGUACAGAAAUUACAUAAAGAUCUUCUACAACCAUCUGAAACAGGAGUGGUUAUGGCUACAGCUUAUUUUACUAAAUGUUUAAAAGUUGUCUGUUCACCACCAUUAUUAAUAGAAUUUUCUCAUUUUUUACUGGGUACGAAACAGGAAGUAGAAUUGCCCAGUGAGGAACAACCUGUUAUCAGAAAGAGGCUGUUAGAACGAUGUGAUCACCUUUCAGACGAGGUCAGCAUAAUAACUAUGAGGUUAUUUGAAACUUUACUCCACAAAGAAGACGAAUCUAUUUAUCAUAAUUUAAUUCUACGCAAUUUGAUUGGACGGUGUUAUCUUGACGAAAGUUCGGUAACUUCUUACAAUAGUGCCAAUAUUGAGAACUCUAGCAUGAAGACAAAUUGUGUCCCAGAUUCUGAUAAACUUGAAAAUCUUGCAGACGGUUCCACUGACGAACGCCAAAAUAAAUCUUCUCGAUCUGAAGUUCACAAAAUAGUCACAAGUUUUUUAAGUCUCCUACCAGAAGAAGCCAAGUCAUCCAAUCAAACAGCUGAUAGCGGAUAUGACAUGUAUUUAAAAGAUGCCCAUAAACAGUUUUCAGCAGUGGAACAAGUGUGUAAAGCCUGGAACUGGCCUAAAGAACCAGUCAAAGAUCCUGAUUUUAAAUUGGAACCAUUCUGGGAGGGUUCAUUCCUGAAAAUACUGUUAGACAAACUGUCCAGAACUCUUAAUCAGAGUUACGCUGUGAAUUUAUUAGUGACAUCAUUAAUAUCUCGACUAGUUCUACUACCCCACGCUAAUAUACAGGAAUAUCUACUAGAUCCCUUUCUACCUACAAUAUCUACCACUAGAACAUUAUACUCUGUUUUAAAAAAGGUUUCUGCUGAAGUGUUGGUAUAUAUGAAAAGAGAAGGUGAUUUCCAGAAUAAACUCAGUUCAGCUAGAAAAUAUUUGAUGGGUGACACAGACACUGUUACAAGACAUGAAGACCAGGGCCAGUUGGAAGCCAUCAUUGUACUGGAAGAAUUCUGUAAGGAACUGUCAGCUAUAACAUUCGUAAAAUAUCAUGCUGAAGUUACAAGAUAA